AUGACCACAAAAUCUCGCCCAGAUGAUGACACUUCCAGCAGCGGAGUCGGUACCCCUAUACGAAAGGCAUCCAAGGACACAUUCACCCAAAAAGAUACCAAAGAACUGGGCGUGCCUUUAGAUGAACUCCGCAAACAAAACCACCGUUACCGUUGGUGGAAGCGCAACCAAAUCAUCGUCGAUCUAGAUAGUACUGCGACUCAACCUUCCGUAUUUGAUGAUUCGAAGACGCUUGAAAUAUACCGACCGCCUGCAUCAUACGAGAAUGCACAUAGGUUCGAUCCGGACGCAAGGUGGACUUGGAGGGAAGAAAAGAAUCUUGUCCGUAAAAUCGACUGGCGUAUAAUGCUUUGGGCAUGUAUCAUGUUCUUCUGCCUCGACCUCGACCGCUCCAAUAUAUCUCAGGCUAACACCGACAACUUCCUCGAUGAUCUUGGCCUAUCAACGAACGAUUUCAACCUCGGAAACACUUUGUUUCGCUGCUCUUUCCUUGCUGCUGAGCUACCCUCGCAACUUAUCUCCAAGCGUCUUGGGCCAGAUGUUUGGAUCCCAACCAGCAAUUACAGGGAAGAAAUAAUCAUGGUUAACCGUGUCUUGCGCGACGACCCUUCCAAGUCGGAUAUGCACAACCGCGAAGGUCUUUCACCAAAAAUGAUUUGGAACUCCCUCUGUGAUUGGCAUAUGUGGCCUCUUUACGUUCUGGGACUGGUUCACAUGAUGCCUGUCGGGCCUCCCCAAACGUACCUCACACUCUCUCUGCGCAAGCUUGGAUUUAAUACAACUGAAGCCAAUUUGUUGUCUAUUCCGUCCGUCGUAAUUGGCAUAAUCACUAUGUUGUUCACAAGCUUCCUGAGCGAGGCGAUCGAUUCUCGAGUGCUUGCCACAGUAGUUCUCCAAAUCUGGGCUUUGCCUUUACUGGUAGCACUCUAUACCUUUGACAGACAGACCUCACAGUGGGCGUACUUUUCCGUCGUGACUCUGGUAACUGGCUUCCCUUAUAUCCAUCCGAUUCAAGUCGCAUGGGCAUCCCGAAACAGCUAUAGUGUUCGCACCCGGACAGUUUCGGCCUCGGUGUACAAUAUGUUUGUGCAAGCCGGCGCGGUCGUCUACGCAAACAUUUACCGCGCGGAUGAUCAGCCCUAUGGUUUUGAUUGGGAUUUGCUCGAUGAAUAUGUGCUAUAUGGGUUGGUAUGGUUGUUCUACCGAACAGUCAACAAGAAGAGAGAUAAGAUCUGGAACUCGUGGAGCAAGGAGGAGCAAACUAGAUAUCUUGAAAAUACGAACGACAAGGGAAACAAACGCCUUGAUUUUAGAUUUGCCUACUGA